AUGUGGAGUCAGGUGACGCCCGUCACGGCUGUGACAGGCGGAGUGGCCGAGCUGCCCUGCCACGUGGAGCCGGAUGCAUCACGUGACGUCAUGAGGCUGAUGCUCUGGUACAAGGACAGCACGGGAGCGCCGUUCUACAGCUACGACACGCGCGGCCGCAAAUCGACGCGCGGCACCCACUGGGCCAACGAGGACUCGCUGGGUCAGCGUUCCGAGUUCGAUCCGCGGCCGCAGGCGCCUCUGCUGCGCAUCAAGCACGUGGAGGAGGGCGACCAGGGCGUGUACCGGUGCCGUGCCGACUUCCGCACCUCGCCGACCUUCAACGCCCGGGUUAAUCUGACCGUCGUCGUGCCGCCGCAGCAGCCGCGGCUCUUCAACGAAACCGGCGGCAUGAUCUCCUCCACGGCCGGCCCCUAUAAGGAGGGUGACACGGCUCGGCUCAUCUGCGAGGUCAAGGGAGGUCGGCCGCCGCCGAACGUCACCUGGUGGCUGGAGGGCUCGCUGGUGGACUCCUCGUGGCGCCAUGACGCCGGGGUCACCAGGAACACGCUGGAGGUGACCGGCCUGCGACGCGCCGACCUGGCCAACCUCUACACCUGCAUGGCGGGCAACACGCCGCUGCGGCCCCACAAGGCGGCCGCCGCCCGGCUCGACAUCAGCUUUCCUCCCGUGGACGUGCGGAUCACCAACGACAAGAAGGCGUCUGUGUCGGCCAACAAGCCGCUGGAUCUGACCUGCCAGGUCACCGGGUCACGACCCCAGCCGGUGGUCACGUGGUCACGGAACGGUGCCGUCCUCUCCGGCACACUGACGAGAUCGCAUGGAAAUAACGUGACGUCAUCCACGCUGCGCGUGCUGCCAUCUGCUGAGGAUUCGGGUGAAGUGAUUUAUUGCCGAGCAUUUAGCCCGGCCGUGCCCGGCACCAGACUGGAGGAUUCCAUCACGCUUAAAGUCAACUACCGGCCGGUGGUGCGGCUGACGGCUGGCCGCACGCUGCAGCUCUCGGACAUCGAGGAGGGCGAUGACGUGUACUUCGAGUGCCACAUCAGCGCCGUACCGUGGGUGUACAGCAUCGAGUGGCGUCUGGACGACCGUCCGCUGGUGCACAGCCAGGCGGCCGGCGUCAUCAUGAUCAACCAGAGCCUGGCGCUGCAGGACCUGUCGAGGCAGCGCUCCGGCAUGUACACCUGCGCCGCCACGAACGACGAGGGCCAGGGUGUCAGCAACGCGCUCUUCCUGCCUGUCAAAUACGCGCCGCGCUGCCUUCCGGGCCAGACGCUCAUCUACGGCGCGGCCAAGUUCGAGCACGUGCUGGUGCACUGCGGGGUGGAGGCUAACCCGGCCGAGGUCACCUUCCGCUGGUCCUUCAACAACACGGGGGAGAUCACCCACCUGCCGACCGCCCAGUUCACCGUGAACGGCACCAGCAGCACUGCCGAAUACGUACCUCGCUCGGAGCUCGACUACGGCACGCUGCUCUGCUGGGCGCGCAACGGCAUCGGCUGGCAGAAGACCCCCUGCGUCUUCCACAUCGUGUCGGCAGGAGUGCCGGAGCCGCCUACCAAGUGCAGCUCCUACAACAGUAGCGUGGGCUCGCUGACGGUGGAGUGUCUGCCCGGCAACGACGGUGGCCUGCCGCAGCGCUUCGUGCUGGAGGUGCAGAGGUCCGGCGGCCAGCUGCACUACAACGCCACCUCGGGCACGCCGCGCUUCCUGCUGCGCGACCUCCAGGUCAACACCUUCUACCAGAUUUUAAUCUACGCUGAAAACGCCAAAGGUCGAAGCAAACCUUUGGUGAUGGAGACGGAAACACUGAGAGAUGUGGCAGAACGAAGGACCGAGAAAGUCAUUGACGGCUCGCUGAAAGAGUCUUUUGACGACAUGCUGACUGUGACGCCCGUGCUGAUGAUUCUGAUCGUGGCCAUCGGCGGCCUGCUCUUCAUCAUCAUCAUUAUCGUCAUCCUGAUCCGGAUGCGCAGCCGGCCGGCGGCUCGGCGAGGCAAUCCUCCGCUGACCGCCGGCCUACCGCUGAAGGAGCUGGACACGGCCCACGCGGCGCCGGAGUCGGAUGGCAAGAACCCCGACCUCAUACAGGCACACGGGGAGCACGGCUUCCCGGUGAUCGAGGCCACCUACGGCGGCGACGGCCCGUCCGGCGGCGAGCGCGCCGGCGACAUCAGCUACAUCCCGUCGCCGUCCUUCGUGGGCGGCGUCGGCAGCUCCACGCUGCCACGUUCCGGCCACUGUCAGCAGCAUCACUACAACAGAGAUGAUUCGUGUCCAGGCUGUGUAGUACGAGUCCCGUUGCUCCGGGAGUAUCCGUACGAUGCACCAGAAGAUGUGAUACAGUACGCCGAGCUGUCAUUGCCGCACGGUACAUUGACCCGACCGAGGCGUCCGUCAAGAGGUCAAGGUCACGAGCCGGUGGCGUACGCACAAAUAGGCUACUCGCAUCAUAACCACCUGCCACCGAUUCCACCGCCGAAUGGCUGGGGUCACGGCUCGCAGCCCAGAGGUCACAGGGGUCAGCCGGCACCGGGCCACGCAGCAGCACACGAGAGCUCGGACUCGCUGCGAGUCGCUGACUCGAGGCCGUCCGACUCGUCCUCCACCAGCGCCGAGACGGUGGUGCAGGCGCCGCCCGGGAGCGCCGCCCUCUAGUCACGCGCGUGGGCCACGUGCCGAGGCGCCGUCCGGGGCGCUGCUCUCUAGCCACGCGCGUGGACCACGUGCGGAGGCGCCGCCUGCGGGUGCCGAUCUGUGGCGACGCGCACAGACCACAUGCCCCACGACCGGAGAACGUCUGCGUCACGAGUGGUGUGAGUGACCUGCAGACAGUGUGAGUGACCUGCAAACGGUGUGAGUGACCUGUGGACGAAGUGGAUCAACUGCGGACAGCGUGAGCGGCCCGCAAACGGCGGCAGCAGCAGCCUUCGGCGCCGCUGCAAACUCACAGAAGACAAAGCUGCUGCCGGCCGGCCGUCCGGCGAGCGGUGCGGUCUCUUCAGAGAACUGUGUGAGCCAGCUGUGAUUGGAGUGACAGGGCUGUCUGAGAGCGGGUGCGACGGCGGUGCUUCAGUGGGCGCCAGAAGACGGCGCGUGGUAGCCUGCGGAGCAGCUCUUCUGGCGCGAGCUCCUGACGCGUGGGCCCGAACACGAUCACGCCAUAUGACCGGAGUAUGGGCCGAUUGGUGACGCGUUUGGACGACCGAGGUGUGGGAGCAAUAUGCAUUCCGUCCAUAAAGCCCUGAGAAGGGGCAGUCACGCUCACACUAUCGGUGGAAGAGCGGAGUAAGGUUUCCCCCACUGCUGCGAUAUCAAAGAGUUUCUCGCUGUCGUCAUAAAAAUGCCUGACUCCCUGCCGUGCAUCAAAGUUUGUCGUUUCUUUCCAGUGGUUAAAUGUUGCCAAGUGAUGCCAUGCAAAACUGACGUUGUUUGAAGUCAUGCAAAAGAAGACACAGCGUGUCGAUGGAACUCGUUUUUCGUACCUUUUGUUAUCCCGGAUAACUGAUGUUUAACCCAGACGUUCCGUUGGGAUCUUUUGCAGCAGCAUGAUCAGAAAACCUUCAUAGCAAACACUUUUAGCAGUGACUAUAAAUGACUGCUGCUCUGGACUGCUGCUGUCUGCUCCGUUGAGCAGCUCGUGUGUUCAGGAGUUACUCCUGUAAUGUUGCGAUAACUGUGCCACACAGGUGUAUCACAUGUUUCGUCGGGCUCCAGCCGCAAUGGGACUUGUUGUGGGAACGGAUUUAUUGUAUACAUGUAAAACCCUGUGUGUUCUAUUUUGCGGCGAUGUAUUGCUGUAAUGAGUGAAACUGAGUGCAGUUGCUGAGAAUAUUGGUAAAACGAGACGAAAGGGGCAGUCAUUUUGUAAACAAUCCGUGCCCAAUGAGAUGCAUGCGU